AUGGAACUAGAAGAUUGCAGAGACAUCAAAAAUUUUAAUGCUGCGUGUGAAACACCAUACUUGUCUACAAUAGGUGCAAUAAAAACACUUUCUUUUGCUACACUUUCUUUUGUUAAACUUUCAGAAUAUAAAACCUCAUUGUAUCCUUCAACAAAAACCAAAUCUAAUCUUGCAAAAGCAGUUAUCACUGCCUUUCCAAAGCUGCAUUCUGGUGGAAAACUUGGAUAUGAAAACUAUUAUAGUCUAUAUACAGAACUUGUAAUGGGUAAUAAGAAAAAGAAGGUCACUCCUCAUGGCCACAUAGAAGAGAGACUGAAAACUAUGCGUAAACAUGUUGGUGUUCAUUUUCAAGCUCGUCGAAAGAGAGUUAUUGUUUUAGCAGAAGAGUUCCACUCAUCAGCACCUUUUUCAAAAGAAGAACUAAGUAUGAUUGCAGAGUUGAGAUUUGAUGACUUAGGCUAUGAAAAAAAGUUGGACUAUAUGGAAAAAACUUCAUGCUCUCGUCGAAAAUGGAUUGUGAAUUGUAGGCCAACAUUUGAUGAUUUACUCAAAACAUUUCCGCCACUAAAAGAUCUAUCCAUACACUUUCAGAAAGAUUUCUGUUGCAAUUUCGCAGAGUUGAAUGAUUUUUUGGCUCAAUGGGAGUUAAUAACGCCACAUGUUAUCUCUUGGACAAGGCAAAAGACAAAUUUGAUGGUCAAGCAGAUUCUUGCUGAGCUUGAUAUGCAAGACAACCCUUCUGUAGGAAUUGAAAUGGAUUUUGCAUUGUUAUUACUCCCCUUUAUAAUUAAAGUACCAUCAAAGAAUAAAAGUUGUGCAUCAGCUGCUGAAGUUGCAGAAUAUUUCAUUCAAUUUUAUCCGGUAUAUUGUAAUAUUAGAUUCUAUUAGAUAUAAAUUUAUACA